AUGCCCUCCAUCACCCCCGCCGACCCCACCAUAACCACGCACACGCGCUUCCUCCCCGCACCCGACCCCUCGCUCCCGGGCCUCGCAGUGCACAUUACCGCGCUCACAGGCUCAUACAUGAUCUGGGCCGGCACCUCUUCCCACACCCCUCAAAAUUCAACUCAACCACGAUCGGCGACGGCAUCGAUGCUGCAGGCGGGACCGGGCGGCGCGCUCAUGGAGCCCGACCAGGAUCUGGACGGGGACGACGGUGGCGCGGACGCGGACGCGGAAGCGCGCAAGAAAGCAGACGAGCGCGCAGCUGUGGAGCGCGCGAUGUCGGGCGGGCUUGUUGCGCGGGACUGGGCGUGCGCGAUGCCGCCUGCGGGAGCGCGCGCUGAGAGCGCGGCGACGUCGCUGUUCCGUUCGUCGAGCUCGGAUGUUGCGUUUGGGAUGGCGCAGCGGUUUGCUCGCCGCACACAAAAGCAGAUCUUCCUCUCGAUCGACGUCCCACCGGCAUUCAUGAGUGCCGGGAGCAACAGCUCCUCGCUCCUUCUGCGCCUCGAGCGCGGCAUCAUCGACUUGCUCAAGGAAAUUGAAGCGUCCAGCUGAAUCGCAACACCCGAGACGUUAAGCGGAAACGCGGUGGUCGGCUAACUGGAGGAAAAGUCGAGAAGCAUCUUCGUUUCACUUCACUUUGCGGUUACCGGUCAUCAGUGCCAUGGGGACUGCAUACACUGAUAUAGACGGUGAUCAUGCAUGCAUCUGUGCCUGGCCCUGAGUUCUCCUUGGACUUGGACGGUCGGCGCGUUUCGAGACUCGAGCAUAUACGCUGAGCACUCGGCGGCCUGUGUGACCGGGCUUUGGACCUUGAUUUGACGUUAUCUAGGCGCAGAUCGAUAGCCGAGCCAAGGAUAAGGAGGGCGGCGAUGCGAGUGUUCGUGUGCUCAUGACUGCGUUGGUGCCGGUUGAUGGUGGCUCCGGACUCUUCAAGGGUCAGUACUUAGACCUCGAAGGAGGAAGGCUCGUGGACUAUGGGUCAUGGGGCUUUCAUUCUUUACGCUACUUGCACAAUUCACAAACGGAUAUGUAUCGUUGCGUCGGUCAGAUGUUUUAGCUUGGUGACUGUUGAAACGUUGAAACGUUGGCUGGAUCAAUGUGGUGCUCUGGGCGGCGAUUCGGAGUUGGAUGGGGAUGGCUUGGAAGC